AUGGAAUAGUAAUAUGGAUUUAAGAAGACAGGAAAGUAAAUAAGAGAAAGAUAUAUAAAUAAACUUGAUCCAAAUAUAAAAAAGGUAGCAUGGACGACAGAAGAAGAUUAGAUAAUUUUAGAUAGUUUUUUGGAAAUAGGAGCUAAAUGGUCCCAAAUUUCUUGCAAAUUAAACGGAAGAUCUGAAAAUAUGGUUAAAAAUAGAUUCUAUUCUCAUAUAAAGAGAUAUUACUUAGGAUAAGUUGAGAUAGGAAAUAAUAAUAAUGAUAAUAACACUAAUAAGAAUAGUAAGGAAAUUAAAGAUUAUAGUGAAGAUGCAUCUGAAAAUAAAAAUGAUAAAAAAUCUAAAAAUAAAAAUUAAAGUGUUGAAAAAAGCAAUUAAUAAGAUAAUACAAAAUUAACAGUAAAUGUUUAAAAUAAUUUAUAAAAAAAUAGAAACUUUGCUGUAGCCCC